AUGCAUGCCUUGCAACGGCCAUACUCGCUGGACCCCUCUCAAUGCUGCCGGUGCGGACGGGAAAUUCCUCGUCCUCGUCGCUCUCAACCUCCCAUCGCCGUGCAGGAAGAAAUCCCACUCACAAGGUCGAGUGCAGGCAGCUCUUCAAAACGGACAAUGGCCGGGCCACAUGGUGGUAUCCCGUUCCUGAAAGCAGACAUCGAUUCACCUGGUUCAGGCAGCUGGUUGCACGGCGCCAGAGCGAUGGGCGCCCCCUGCCAUGCCGGAACUCCGGAAAAGGGAUGCGGUGGACGCUUAGACUCGGAGAGAGUGCGCCAGAGCCAGAGCGCGAGCGCUGUCCUGACGCUCCAAGAGCAGCUGCAAGGGGCCGAGGCGAUGCUGGUCACUUGCAACCAGAUGGUCGAGGCUGCAUGGGCCCUCGCGUCGCAACGACUUACUGCGUUCGACAGUCGCUUGUCGCAGCUCGACCUCAAGCUCGCUGCGCUGUCUCAGAAGCAAAACCAGGUGCAUGAGGACACCCUGCCUGCCCUGCCUCGACCUGAAGCCGACGCCGACCGGGGGCGGUUGUCACUCCUCGAGCAGCGCUUCGAGGCUCUCGAAGAGAGAAUCAGCAUGCCAUCUUCGCCAGAGAAGGAUGGCUUCGGCCUUCGCCUGGCCUCCCUUUCAGAACGCCUUGCAGCAGAGGCUCGUGUACGCGAAGAGCAAUUUCGCAGGUUGGAGUCCAUGUUUCGUGCCCAUCUGACGAAGGACUCCGAGAGGUCUGAGACUCGGACUCGAAAUGCAUUCGCUGGCCAGUCGUCCUUGGAGGUCGAACCUACUGGGGCUGUUCGAGGAAUGAGACAAUGUGAAUCUGCCGACGGUUUCUGGAAUGCGUCUCUCACAUUACCGCGGCCAAAGGUACCACUAUGCCUCGCAGGUCUUUCGGCUUCAACCCCGGCGCUGAGGAGUUCUGGUUCUGGAGCCGAGCAGUUCUCCAACUUGUCUUCGACUCUCGGGCCGAGCAUGCCAAGAGGCUCGUGA